AUGGCUACCGAUGUGGUAUUAGAAACGACGAUGGGCCCCAUCACCGUCGAGCUUUACAAUGACCAUGCCCCGAAAACGUGCAAGAACUUCUCAACUCUAGCGUCGCGAGGCUACUACAACGGUGUUGUCUUCCACCGCAUCAUACCGUCAUUCAUGAUUCAGACCGGAGAUCCCACCGGAACUGGACGCGGCGGGUCCUCGAUCUACGGGGAGAAAUUCGCCGACGAAAUACAUCCUUCACUCAAACACACGGGCGCGGGGGUCUUGAGUAUGGCCAACAGCGGACCCAAUACGAACGGAUCGCAGUUCUUUAUCACGCUUGCUCCUACUCCAUGGCUCGACAACAAGCACACGAUCUUCGGUCGAGUCAAGUCGGGCAUGAAGACCGUGCAGAGGAUGGGUCUGGUCAAGACGAACGCAGAAGACAGGCCUCUCGAAGAGGUGAGAAUCGUCAAAGCCAGAGUGGUUGAGGGAGGAGACGAAUCCUGA